AUGUCAAACCCACAACAAUUUCAAUGUCGUAUGUACGAAGAAAAAUAUCCCGAGGUGGAAGAUCUGGUUAUGGUUAACGUUCGCCAGAUCGCCGAAAUGGGAGCAUAUGUUAAACUAUUGGAAUAUGAUAAUAUUGAGGGUAUGAUACUUUUGUCGGAAUUGUCACGACGAAGAAUUCGAAGUAUUCAAAAAUUGAUUCGAGUUGGAAGAAAUGAAGUUGUGGUAGUUUUGAGAGUCGAUAAAGAAAAAGGAUAUAUUGAUUUGUCCAAACGUCGAGUUUCUAUUGAAGAUGUUGCAAAAGCGGAAGAAAAAUAUAACAAAUCUAAAGCAGUACAUAGCAUCAUGCGACAUGUUGCCGAGAAACAAAACCUUGUGCUUGAAGAUCUAUAUAAACUAAUCGGAUGGCCAUUAUACAGAAAAUAUGGUCAUGCUUAUGAAGCUUUCAAAUUGGCAAUCACUAAUAUUAAGAGAAGAUUAACACCACAACCAAUUAAAAUUCGAGCAGAUCUUGAAGUAACUUGUUAUGGUUAUGAAGGUAUUGAUGCUAUUAAAAAAGCUCUAAAAGCUGGUGAAGCGUGUGAAACUAGUGAUAUUGUAAUUAAGGUCAAACUAGUUGCUCCACCAUUAUACGUAAUGAUCACCAAUGCAUUGGAUAAAACUGUUGGAAUUGAGGCAUUAGAAAAAGCAAUUAAUACUAUUCAGGAAUCAAUCACAAAAUCAGGAGGAAAUUUGAUAGUUAAAAUGAAGCCAAAGGCUGUAAGUGAGACGGAUGACAUGGAACUUGCUGCACUUAUGGCUCGUGUAGAGAAAGAAAAUGCGGAAGUUUCUGGAGAUGAUGAAUCUGAACAAGAAGCUUUAGAUACGGAAUAA